UACUCUGCCUCCUACCUAACACCUCGUGUUGUUUUUGUCGUCUUCCCAUUAAUUACUUUAACCAGUCACCGUCUCAGGAAACUCGAACGAGUAAAAUUCAAUUCAGUUCAGUUCAAUUCAACUCACGAAACCAAGAAAGAAAGAAAGAAAGAAAAAGAGGGAAGAGAUUUUCUCAGCAACCAAACAAACAGAUCUACUUCACCUUCUAUUUCCACUUCCCGGAUAAUUUAACUAAUUCAUCAUUACGAGACCACCGGGGAUCACUAUCCUCAUGGCUCCGAUUUCGUCGGAGAACGGCGUCGAAGGAGACGAUGAGAGAGAAGAACAAGAAGAAGAAGAUGAAGAAGACGACGAAGAAGAGCCGAGGCUCAAGUACCAGAGAAUGGGAGGCAGCGUGCCUUCACUCUUAGCCGCCGAUGCCGCCUCGUGUAUCGCCGUCGCGGAGCGGAUGAUCGCACUCGGAACUCACGCCGGCACCGUUCACAUCCUCGAUUUUCUUGGAAAUCAGGUGAAAGAAUUCUCUGCACAUGCUUCUGUUGUCAACGACCUGAACUUUGACAUAGAAGGUGAAUAUAUUGGAAGCUGUUCUGAUGAUGGUUCAGUUGUUAUAAACAGCCUUUUCACUGAUGAGAAAAUGAAAUUCGAGUACCAUCGCCCUAUGAAGGCAAUUGCGUUGGACCCCGAAUAUGCGAGGAAAAUGUCUAGGAGGUUUGUUGCUGGUGGUUUAGCUGGUCAUUUAUAUUUAAAUUCCAAGAAAUGGUUGGGCUAUCGUGACCAGGUUUUGCACUCUGGUGAAGGUUCAAUACAUGCGGUUAAGUGGAGAGCGAGCCUUGUUGCUUGGGCUAAUGAUGCAGGAGUGAAGGUUUAUGAUACUGCCAAUGAACAGCGCGUAACGUUUAUUGAAAGACCACGAGCGAGCCCGCGCCCUGAGCUUUUGCUUCCUCAUCUUGUCUGGCAGGAUGACACUCUCUUAGUUAUUGGCUGGGGAACAUCGAUCAAAAUUGCUUCUAUAAAGACAAAUAGCUAUAAAGCAGUCAAUGGGACAUUCAGGCAAGUUCCUUUGUCCAGUAUGACCCAGGUGGAUAUUGUGGCGUCUUUCCAGACGAGCUAUUUCAUCUCAGGAAUUGCCCCCUUUGGUGAUGCUUUGGUUGUUCUAGCCUAUAUUCCUGGAGAAGAAGAUGGAGAUAAGGAUUUUAGUAGCACUGCUCCUUCACGGCAGGGCAAUGGACAAAGACCAGAAGUAAGAAUCGUAACAUGGAAUAAUGAUGAACUUUCAACGGAUGCUCUACCAGUGCAUGGGUUUGAGCAUUACAAGGCAAAGGACUAUUCUCUUGCUCAUGCUCCCUUCUCAGGCAGCAGUUAUGCUGGUGGUCAGUGGGCUGCAGGUGAUGAACCACUAUACUAUAUUGUAUCCCCAAAGGAUGUAGUUAUUGCAAAACCAAGGGAUACUGAAGACCAUAUUGCUUGGCUUCUUCAACAUGGAUGGCACGAAAAAGCUUUAGCAGUGGUUGAAUCUGGCCAGGGACGGAGUGAACUACUUGAUGAGGUGGGAUCUAGGUACCUUGAUCAUCUGAUUGUGGAAAGAAAAUAUGGUGAAGCAGCUUCUUUGUGUCCUAAGUUACUGCAAGGAUCAGCUUCAGCAUGGGAAAGGUGGGUCUUUCACUUUGCUCACCUUCGUCAACUCCCUGUUUUGGUCCCUUACAUGCCUACAGAAAACCCCAGACUACGAGAUACUGCUUAUGAGGUUUCUCUUGUUGCAUUGGCUACAAAUCCAUCUUUUCAUAAGGAUCUCUUGUCCACUGUAAAAUCCUGGCCAUCUGUAAUUUAUUCUGCAUUACCUGUUAUUUCAGCUAUUGAACCUCAGCUAAGCACUUCCUCCAUGACUGAUUCGCUCAAGGAGGCAUUAGCGGAGUUGUAUGUAAUCGAUGGGCAAUAUGAGAAAGCCUUCUCAUUGUAUGCUGAUCUCAUGAAGCCAGAAGUGUUUGAUUUCAUUGAUAAACACAACCUACAUGAUGCAAUUCGUGAAAAGGUUGUCCAACUGAUGAUGCUAGAUUGCAAACGUGCAGUUCCUCUGUUGAUCCAGAAUAGGGACAUAACAAGUCCACCUGAGGUUGUGAAGCAGCUUAUAAGAGCUGAUAAUAAUUGUGACUGCAGAUAUUUUUUACAUUUAUAUCUACAUUCAUUAUUUGAAGUAAAUCCACAUGCUGGGAAAGACUUCCAUGAUAUGCAGGUAGAACUGUAUGCUGACUAUGAUCCAAAGAUGCUGCUACCUUUUCUUCGUAGCAGUCAACACUAUACCCUUGAGAAGGCACAUGAAAUUUGCAUUAAAAGAGACCUAAUGAGGGAGCAAGUCUUCAUCUUAGGAAGGAUGGGGAACUCAAAACAAGCCCUCGCCAUUAUUAUAAAUAAAUUGGGGGAUAUAGAGGAGGCUGUAGAGUUUGUUACCAUGCAGCAUGAUGAUGAACUCUGGGAAGAACUAAUCAAGCAAUGCCUUCACAAGCCUGAGAUGGUGGGCAUACUAUUGGAGCACACAGUUGGAAAUCUUGAUCCCCUCUACAUUGUAAAUAAGGUUCCUAACGGGUUGGAAAUACCUAGGCUCAGGGAUCGGCUGGUUAAAAUUAUCACUGAUUACAGGACUGAAACAUCGCUCAGACAUGGGUGCAAUGAUAUCCUUAAGGCGGACUGUGUCAACCUUCUAAUUAAGUAUCACAAAGAGGCAAGGCAUGGAAUUUCCUUAGGUAAUGAAGAAGAUGAGCCACGAAUCAAAAUGAGCAGUACCCAUGCUUUUCAGGUAUCUGACAAAUCCCCAAGCCUGAGAAUCAUGGAGGUGAAGUCAAAGACUAGGGGAGGUGGAAGAUGUUGCAUAUGUUUUGACCCAUUUCAAAUACAGAGUGUAUCAGUCAUUGUUUUCUUUUGCUGUCAUGGUUAUCACACAACUUGUCUCACGGAUUCGUCCUACACAAUUAGUACCAAGAAAGCGAUUGAAGUCACUUCCCAAGAGGCAGAAACGUAUGACAGCUACAAUGGUUAUGUGGAUGAUGCUAGUGAUGAUGAUAAUGAAGCCAAUUCAGGUUGUCCUCGCUUGCGUUGUAUAUUGUGUACUACUGCUACUGGUUGAGUGUGUUUUUGUGUAUUUGCAUUUGCAUGGUUAAUGUUUCACAUGGCAUGUGUGGAUUUUAUUGUCAAUUUCUUUUAUCAAUGUAAUAAUAGUUUUUUUUCUUCCUUUUCCUA